AUGGAGGUUGCGAAGAUGAUCAGCAGCAACGCGUCAGAAGCUACAGAGAAGGUGGAGGCGAGUCGUCGGCGUUACGAGAUGGUGUGGCAGCUGGGAUCAUGCGACAGGGUGGUGGUGGUCAGCGCGAGCGGCUGCCCCAUGUGCACCGUGGCGGAGCAUCUCCUCUUCAGCCUCGGAGUUGGCCCCACCAUCGUAGUGCUGGACCGCCAUGUGGACGGACCGGCCAUUAGGGAGGUCCUCCGCGAGAUGAUGGAGGAUGAGCAGCAGCCUGCGGUUCCGGCGGUGUUCAUCGGAGGCAAGUUUUUGGGAGCCGUGGAGGCGCUCAUGGCUUACCACAUCAACGGCAACCUAGUUCCUCUGCUCAAGCACUCCGGCGCUCUCUGGCUCUGA